CACCACGUCCCUCUCCUUCCGACAAGGAUUCAGCAAGAAAGCCAAUCACCAAGGAACUCCAAAACCGUGCAGAAAUCGAUCUCGCGUCCUCCAAAGUCAAGCUUCAGUCCCACCGACUUAUUCAGAGACCCAUGUCGCUCAUUCCGAGCUGGUUCGGUGGCCGACGCAGCGACGCCCUCGACCCCUUCUCUCUCGACUUCUGGGACUCCAUCGAGGACUUCCCUUUCCCUUCGUCUUCCCUCCCCGCCUCUACUUUCCGGGAAAAUUCCGCCUUUGUCAACACCAGGAUCGACUGGCGGGAAACUCCCAAGGCCCACGUGUUCGAGGCCGAUCUUCCCGGGCUCAAGAAAGAGGAAGUGAAAGUCGAGAUCGAGGACGAUCGGGUGCUCCAGAUUAGUGGAGAGAGGAAGGUGGAGAAGGAGGACAAGAAUGACAAGUGGCAUCGAGUGGAGAGAAGCAGCGGGAAGUUCAUGAGGAGUUUCAGGCUGCCGGAGGAUGCGAAGAUGGAUCAGGUCAAGGCUUCGAUGGAGAACGGAGUGCUCACCGUCACUGUUCCCAAGGUGGAGGAGAAGAAGCCCGAGGUCAAGGCCAUUCAAAUUUCUGGUUAGAGUCUGGAAUAGUAACUUGCGAGUGCUAAUGUGAAUUCGAGGCUUCGUGUGUGCAGAGUCUGUGCGCUUCGUCUCUUUCUUGUGUUUUUGGAGAGUUGUAUGAACCGGGUGUUGUCUCUGAUACACUGAUGUAAUCUGAACUGGCAAUACUUUUCUGGAAAAAAAACUUUACGUUAAUGUUGCAA